AUGCGCAAACUUAUUCCUGCUUUGGUUCGGGAUUUCGAGUUUGCUCUGCACGAUCGCUUACUCAAGAAAGAGUGGGCAACGCAAAAUUAUUGGUUCAUAAAGCCUCUUGAUUUCCAGGCAUGGCGUGAUCUUAGCAAAAGAGAAGAUAAGGGUUUCGUUGGCCAGGAUAACCCCAACACUUGUACAUUUGCUUCGAGAUUUAACCUCGUUGACGGUCAGCUCCUCAACAAAGGUGUGCCUAUUUCCUACUCUGGUGAGGCAUAUGUGCAACUAGAAGGGGAGGGUCUUCCUGGCAGCGACUCUAUCACAACAACCUUUGAGACUUCUGGCAGAGAUCUUGUAUUCAGAAACGCAGCACUUCCAAACGGCGAGGCAGGUUUCUGUCAGGUUGCUAGUGGUCAAGUAUAUGUUACUUUUUCAUCUUCACCUGCGGGAUGUGAACCAGUCAAUUUGGCUGCUUUCGACACCAUACAGUGCCAAAAUGGUCGACUUGUUGGUUAUGAUACAACCACCUCGGAGGCAGCCUCUGAGACAGCUACCAGUUCCGAAAUUGCCAGCGAGACUACUACGACUGCAUCUGCUACAGUGACACCCAGCAACGAAGCUACAGCAACUGUUGCACCCGAGUCUGUCACCACCACUGCCGACAGCUCAAGCACCAAAGUAUCAUCAUUUACCGAGUCAGGGGUUUUUACGUCGCUCGCCAGCACAACCGAGUUAUCAUCAUUUCCUGAGUCGGAGACUUCUACCGUGCUUGCCAGCAUGACCGAGUCAUCUACCCCCACAUCAGGGGUUUCGUCCGAAACCGAAUUGUUGACUACAGAGAUCACAACCACCGCAGAAUCAGAGAGUACUACUGUUCCAGCUUCAACUGCCAGCACGACCGAAUCACCGUCAGCCACAGCUAGCUCAAACACUUUCUUAAAGAGUGAGACAACCUCAGGUACAUCUACCACGGUAUUAGUGGCUUCGACCGACACCGAAAUAUCCUCUACAGAGGCUACAACAACUAUAGAAUCGGAGAUUACUACUGCUAUUGUUACAACUACCACAGAGGCCAGCACUACUAAUGAAGAACCCACAACAACCACCGCAGAUACAACAACUGCGGAUGAAGCAACCACCACAGAAUUCACAACAACUGCAGAUACAACAACAACCACGAGUUCCGGCCCAGACCCUAGUUCCUGCGCCUCCACCAGCGACCCAUACUCCGUAGGUGGUUCCACUUUCGAUAUCAACUGCAACUUCGCUGUCACUGGCGGUACAUCUAUCGGAAUUGUCCACGCAAACAGUUUCCAAGAAUGUUACGAUGUUGCUAUUAAGCAGGUUCCUGAAACUACAACAACCGCUGCUCCUACAUAG